AUGGAUGGUCGCUUAAAGCAAAUUAGCGAUCUCUAUAUUAUCAAUUCAUCAAAAAUUACACUUAGUAAAGAUAAAGUCGGAACGGGAAACUUCGCUGAUGUAUAUAGAGGAACAUACCGGAGAGGCAAAGAGAAAGUAUUGGUGGCAGUGAAAAUCGUUCGAGUUGGUGGUGGCAAUAUGGAUACCGAAUUACGCUGCUUAUCGGAAUUGACGAACGAAGCAAUAAUCAUGUCGUUGCAUCAUCAUCGAUGUGUUAUUGAAUUCUAUGGUGUCUCAUCCGAUAAGAUUCCAAUGAUUUUGAUGGAGUAUUGUCCGGGUGGUUCGUUGGAUUUACAUCUGCAGAAAUUUAAAGAGCAGAUUUCAACUGCAGAAAGAGUUGCAUAUAUGUUUCAAAUCUCUGACGGUAUGCGUUAUUUGGAACGGAAGAAAUGUGUUCAUCGAGAUUUGGCAACACGAAAUGUGCUUAUCUCAAGUACAGGAUGCCUGAAAAUCAGUGAUUUCGGAUUAAGCUUUAGUCCUGCUAUUCAAAUACCGAAGCAGUUAACUCAUACACAUAUUCCAAUACGUUGGAUGGCUCCAGAAACAUUAACUCGUACACCGGUUUAUUCAUCAAAAUCGGAUAUUUGGUCAUUUGGUAUUGUAGUGUUUGAAAUAUUUAACUGUGGUGGAAAACCGUGGCCAGAGAAACCGGUAAAAUGGAUUGCAACAAAGAUUCGAAAAGGUGUAACACCUGAAAUGCCACGACGAAUGCCACGUCUAAUUAGAGAAAUAGCUAAUGCUUGCUUCCAAUUUGAACCAGACAAAAGGCCUACAUUCAAACAGGUGAACGGGUGGAUUCUGUUGGUACAAGGCAUACGUUUUCCACCACUACCUCCCUCUACACUGUCAGUGGCACAUUUGAAAAAUGUUAAACCAGUAAAAUUCAUUGAAAAAGAUCCAGAAGCAAUUGCGAUAGAAUUAGAUGAUGUGAAAAGCAACGAGCAACGGCAUGAUAAUGAUAACUGUGAAUCAAGAACGAUACAGUUGCCUGAAGUAAAAAGGAUUAUUCCUACAGAGAAUAAAAAUACAGUAACCGAGGAUCAAGAGAAGUAUGCCAUUCAGACUUUCACCGCACUAAUAUUUGGAGUUAAUGAUAUUUUUUGGAGCAUUUUUACAAAACUUGAAUUUCAUCCGAAGUUCCACCUGAAAUGA